UAUACAACUUAGAUCAAAAUUGGCAAAACUCAAUUUUAUAAACCAGAAAGUUAAAAUGGUAUUACAUAAAACUUGUAUAAAGCAUUAAUGAAUCCUGUUUAAAAUGAAGUUUGUUUAAGGCUAUAAAUUGCUGAUUUUUAAAAAAAUUAUUUUAAUUUAGAUUUAUUUUAACACUUUGGUAGCAAAGGAGGAUUUUUUUAAGUUAUUGAAGCCAUGGUGUGUGUGUGUGUCCACAUUCUGUACCUAGGAUUUUUUCAGCUUUCAUUCAGCACUCAUACCUAAAUAGUACCUCUUAUUCACUUUUUUAAGGUCUCUUAUUUCAGAGGAAAUUUCUAGAUAAGAUGUGUAAAAAUUUCUAUACUGUGGAUUAUUUGAGAUCUAGAUCCUUUCAUUGCUAAUGAUAAUCAUUAAAAAUCAUUUUAUGAAUUCAGGCAAGACUAGCUACAUUGUAGCCUUCAAAUACAGCAUUAUUUUCGUUUUUUUUUCAAAAAUUUAAAAUGGCACUUUAUACAAAACUGUUUCCUUGCUACCUUAAAACUAGGAGAACAGUGAGUGACUCUAAAAAGAUGAUGUAAAAGUAUUAAAAAACAAGAUUUUGAAGGACUGUCCAAGAAGGACUUAUUGUUGCCGACCAGUAUUCCUUUCUCAAAAUGACUACAUGUUUGUGAAAAUUAUAUUUUCUAUUCUAUACCUUCCAUUUGCAAAUAAUGAAUUACACAUAUAAUCCUCUGUUCACAGAAUUUGGAUUAUAAUUCAGACUAAAAUAAAAUUCUAAUAUUGAGUUGAAACUAUAAGGAAAUAUAAAAAUUACUGCAACUCAAACUAGCAUGAAAAUUGUCAGAGAUAUGUAAAGAAUGGAGUCCUACCCUCAAGAAAGGUAAGUGUUUUCAAUUAUCUCCAAAUUUGCUUUUAAAAUACAGAAACUGCAAUUACAUUAUCUAUUUGAUAAUAUAAGUAACGAAAAUAAGAAACAAAAUAGCAUUUUCAAUGCCAGUGUAUUUGAUUAAAAAAUGACAGAUGUGAGGGACUCUAGCACAUGUCAGAGUCAGUGUUUGUGGGACUGUGUGAGAUAGUUGGAACCUCACAACAGGUGGCCCUGAGGAGGGAGACAUGGGACAUCAGGGAGAUGGUGGACAGACGAGUGACACCUAAUGAUGGGAUCAUUCCGAUGAUGAGUGGAAGUAUGAGAGAAGGUUUCAGACUGAAAGGAUCAGAUGUGGACAUUAUGUUCUGGUUCAACGACCACCGAGUGAUUUUGGACAUGUCUCAGUCUGAGUAUUACAACACAGCCAAUACAACCUUGAUUCUCUCUGACAGUUCUGGGAGUCCACCAGGAUUCACUUUACUUCAGUUACUGGCACCAUCAAGAUACAGAGAAGUCCAAUCAGCAUUAGUUAGAAUGAAUGGCAUAGUCUAUAUAUCUAGUUCUAUAUACAGACAGUUAACUUGUUCAACAAUAGUUCCUAAUUCUUCUGUACAUGGACCCUGCGGUAGUGGUAAUAUAGCAGGGAGACUAGAAUAUGACACUGCCUCCUGUUUUGUUUGUGACUUUUGGCCUCCGUCUGCCUCCUUAUGGAUAGAUAGAUGUCACUCUUAGCCUGGCCCUGAAGUUGUUAAUGACAUUGUCAGAAAUGGAUGCCACUUUGUAGCAAUAGGACACCCAUUAGCCCCCCCAUACAACCGACGAAUGGAGAAUUUCUUUUUCACAAGCAGAAUAUAAACUAGUUUAUUCAAUGAACCACUGCCAAUUUUUGAUCUAUGGGUUGUUAAAACUUGUUUUAAAAGAAGUUUUUAAUCAACAAUCUGAUUCAGAAGAAACCAAUAAACUGUUGUGUUCCUAUCAUAUGAAGACAACAGUAUUUUGGGCCAUUCAACAAAACACACUUCUGCACUGGUGUCCACAAAAUCUCCUGGCCAAUUUCUGGGUCUGUUUUAAACUCCUCCUUAGAUGGGUGUAUGAGGGGAUCUGUCAUAACUUUUUCAUCCCUCAAGGCAACCUGUUUCUGACAAAGGUCCAUGGCUCAGCACAAAACAGAUUGUUCCUACAGUUACAUGAAUUGUACAAGAAAGGCCUGGCCUGUCUGUUACAGAGUUCCUCUAUCAGGUCCUACAUCAUUGAUGUUAUGUAUAAUCCUAGAGCUCUUAUUUGUACAGAUGAGAAUAUUUUGAGGUCUGAAGGGAGAAAAAGGAAAAUAAACAGAAUUUUUUUGUACCUGGUAAGUCUUUAGUUCAUGCACGCUGAACUUUUGAUAUCAUUAGAAUUGCAACCAGUGGUGCUUAUUAGAAUGUACUAUUUAGAACCGACAUUUUUCUGGGUUUACCAUUGAACCCCAUAUGGGUCAAUAAACCUCAAACCAAACCUAUAGCGAACUUUUAUAGGUCUGUAACUCCAGAAUAGCUUCAACAAAUUGUUUCAACUGACACUUGUCCAAUCUGAUUGUAGUAGGCGGAGUUAAGACAUAAAUAUAUAUAAACAACAUUUACCUACCAGUAAAAUAAGAGUAUUUUGUAAGGAAAAUGUUUAUUUCCAAUUUGCAAUCCCUAAAUGUUGUGCACACACAGUCAUUAAGGAGGUGGUAUUUCAUUGAUGCUGGCAAAGCAAUCCAGCGAGCUAUAGCGCAGCCAUAUCGCAUGGGUGUUUCAGCGGCAUGUCUUUGAUGCCUGUGAAUUUAGCAGCGGCUCACAAAAACAAGACUGUCACCAUAAAAUUGACAGUACUUUGAGUAGCUGUGUCCAAAACUUAUUUAGAAAUGAAAUAAUUGUAGCAUUUUUUUUUGUUACUGACAUGCAGUUAUACAAAUCAAAUACAUGUAUCUUGUUUGGACUUUUUUUCUUUAGGUUCCUCUUAUUUACCACAAAUUUGCUUUUUAAACACAUUUUUUCCUUGGUCAUUUGAAAUUCUUGAAAUUUGCUGUUACUGAGUUUUGCCUUGAAUUAUUGUAAAACAAAUUUUGUCAAGCAAAAAUUUAAACCAUGUAGAUCUUGGAAUGGGUCAAAUUGUGCCAUGUGUUUGUUUCCUUGGUGAUUAUGUGUAUUUUGUAAUUUCUACUAAUUGUAUAUAGUGCCUGAUGUAUUGUUUCAGUGAAAAAUUGAAUUGACUUAAUAAGUCGAAAAGUUAUAGAGUGUCCAGAAAUGUAUUUAUUGAAUAAAUCAACAGUUUGUGAAGAGAUUUGAUUAUUUUAUUUUACAUCUACUGAGUAUGAUUCCCUCUAUUUCUUAUGGAAAUUUAUUGUUUAUUCAUAGCUCUAUACUAGAAACAAACAGGACUGAAAUAUUCAUGCCCCGUUUAUCAAUUGGUCAAAACCUAAAACGAACCUAUGAAAAAUCACUGAGUGCAAGAAAUAAUCAUGAUGAUGCCAGACUCAAAUUCCCAAAGGAGACGAUUUGGUUCUUUUAGCUAACGUACCCAUGUACAACAACAGUAAUUAAGUUGAAUUUGGUUACUUUUCAUAAUCAUUUUAUUAAUUUGUUAAAAGAAAGAUAUAAAUGUAAACAAUAAAAAAGCUUUCUUUGAUGGUUCACUCGGGUUAUGAAAGUAGCAUCAUUGCAGAACAAAUUUACAUAUUAACCUGCAUAAACAGGUUAUGUACGAGGGUCAAUCAAAAAAUACGAAGACAAUGUGGCUGUCCAUCAUACAUUUUUCAUGAAAGUCAUACGUAACAGAUUAAUCUGUGCACCUACACUUAUGUUAUUGAUAUGCGAAGUUUUAGUCCAUUUGAUGAAACGGUAUUUUUGUUACCCCUUUUUAAAAACAACAUGUUUAGUCACCACGGCGCACA